AUGUUGGGCAACAAAGUCGUGUCUUCGCCACUGGUAGCCGCUCUUGUGGCGUUAGCUGUACGCUUGCUUGCUCACAAUUUUUCCCAUCAUAUUCAUCUCCCAUAUCACUUUGGCAUUACAACAUCCAAAACUGGUUCGGAGAUUUGGAAGGAGGCCGUAUUUUGGAAGCAGCAGUUUGGGGUUGUUCCUGCCUUUCUAACAACAGUGGGGCCAUGGUUCAUGGAGUAUAUUCCUCCUGCAUCGUCUGAUGCUUAUGUAAUAUUUUUGUGCUUAUGUGAUGCACUGACGGUUUAUAUUGUUUCCCGCUGGCCUUCCGCUAAGCCGCAGCUGACUUAUGCUUUGUUUGUCCUGAACCCCAUCAUGGCUUUGUUGCCCAUGUUGGAGUCACUCGCUCCCCUAGAGCACGUACUUCUUGCGGUCAUCUUGGAGUGCUGCAGAAAGCGGCGGAUUCACCCCUGGCUUAUUUUCGCUGCGCGCCUUCUUGCACCGUUGUUGGGGUUCCAUUUCAUUGCCAUAAUUGUUGCAUUAUGGUAUCCCGUCGGAACGCCGUGCCCCAAGAUUGCACUUGUAGGUGUUGCACUCUGUACUGCUUGUAUAGGAGGGUGCGGAAUGCUAUAUCUCCGCUGGUGGGGUGAACAUGUGGAGCGGACGUCCCUUUACUCUCCGCCUGAUAAUGGCGUGAUGUGGUACGUACGGCUUCUCAUUAUGGCCGCGUUCCACCGCAGUAUGGAGGUUGGUCAAAUUGAGCUGCCAGCAGUCUUAACACUCAUCUUUUCUACUGGAGUGCCCUGUGAGAAAGAGGCAGCAGCAGAAACCAUGAAAGAUGGGGGUGCAAUCCCCGGUGACAGGCGGCUGUUGGUUACACUUCUAGCGAUUUGUUUUAGCAAGCUGUUCUGCGAGCAUGUGAUUCUUGCAGACUACAUGAUCACUGUGUUUUUCUUGUAUUCGUUGCUUGAGGUGAAAGGGAGAGGUGGGUUUAAGUCUAUGCUUGACCGCGUACGGGGGCUCAACAUUUUCCUCCCCAUCUGCACGCUUCUGCUCGGUGUACCAUUGCAGUAUGCAUUCUACACUGGUUGGGUAAUGUGGGACAUGGCAAACCCCAAUUGGGUUUUCUUCCCUCAGGUGGCCUUCGUCACAGGUGGUGGUCUCUUCCUCCUCGCCUUUGUCAAUUCUCUUGUAGAUGCCAUGAAGGAGGAAUGCGUGGCUGGCAUUACCAAAGAAAAGCAGGCUUGA